UCACUAUUUUUAUUAGAUUAAUAAUUGUAUUUCAUCCCUUACCUAGUUUCUGUCAAGACUUUCUACAGUCUUGUGCAAUUGAACUCAAACUAAAGAACACAAUAAUUAUCGUAGCUUCGAUUUAUUUUCAAGUACAGGGUCACGCAAAAAACCUCCUGUAUUUAGAGCUUACGCUGUGUGAGUUGUGGUGUUGGUGCAACUAUGAAGGGGAUAUCGAUCGAUAGCGGUAGGAGUAUAUCCGUAAUGGUGAUUCUGCGAUUUCUACUCAGCGAGCAUUUCGCAUCCGGUUCAAACUUGGCCGACAUGAUUCUGUUCGGGAUGGAAAAACAAUGCUCGUUUGGGUGUUCAACUUUAGAGCAACGGGUUCUGCACUGAAGAAAAAACCACCUGGCCGACCUUUGACCAUAACAACACCGGAAAAUGUCGCACGUGUGAGGGCGUCCAUCCAGAAAUCUCCAAGGCAUUCAGCAGUUAAACAUGCAGCUGCCCUGGGACUUUCUGAUAGGAGUGUAAGAAGAAUCUUACACAGAGAUCUUCAUAUGCACCCAUACAAAAUAAUGAUUACACAAGCAUUAAGUGAGAGAGAUUUUGAAACUUGUAGAGCGGUGUGUGAAGACAUUCUUCAGAACAUUCCUGCUGGUAAUGUUUUGAUUUCGUCUGAUGAGGCCCACUUCCACUUGUCUGGUAUUGUUAAUAAACAAAAUUACCACUACUGGGCAGUAGAAAAUCCUCAGGAACUUCAUCAACGGCCACUUCACAGCCCAUAUGUGACAGUUUGGUGUGCAGUAUCUGAUUUUGGUGUGUAAGGUCCGUAUUUUUUUGAAGAAAAUGGACUAUAAGUAACGGUUA